AAACGCCCAUUUUCUUAACUCUACCCAGUACUUAACACACAUCUACCAAACCGCAAAAACCCUAGCCAACCGCACUAUCCAACAUUGAACUACUACUCGAAAGUUAUCAAUCCCUCCGAAAAUGGAUCCUCACGUCACUCAAAUAAGCAAAAAACGAAAGUUUGUGGCAGAUGGAGUAUUCUUUGCUGAGUUGAAUGAAGUGUUGACACGUGAGCUGGCAGAGGAUGGAUACUCUGGAGUAGAGGUCAGAGUAACUCCUGUGAGGACUGAGAUCAUUAUCAGAGCUACACGUACUCAAAAUGUUCUUGGUGAGAAGGGUCGGAGAAUCAGGGAAUUAACAUCAGUUGUCCAGAAGCGUUUCAAGUUUACAGAGAACACUGUGGAGCUGUAUGCUGAGAAGGUUAACAACAGGGGACUCUGUGCUAUUGCUCAGGCCGAAUCUCUUCGCUACAAGCUCCUUGGUGGCCUUGCUGUUAGGAGGGCAUGCUAUGGUGUUCUGAGAUUUAUUAUGGAGAGUGGAGCCAAGGGAUGCGAGGUGAUAGUGAGUGGAAAACUGAGGGCACAACGUGCUAAAGCCAUGAAGUUCAAAGAUGGCUACAUGAUUUCUUCGGGUCAGCCUGUCAAUGAGUACAUUGACUCGGCUGUAAGACAUGUUCUGUUGAGACAGGGAGUACUUGGUAUCAAGGUCAAGAUCAUGCUUGAUUGGGAUCCCAAAGGAAAGCAAGGUCCAACAACUCCUCUUCCAGAUCUUGUCACAAUCCACCCUCCAAAGGAGGAAGAAGAUUACAUCAAGGCGGCCACAGUGGUGGUGCCUACAGAGAUUGCUGCACUACCUGCUGCAGUCCCUGUUGUGUAGAGAGCAAACCAUAAUUCUCUCAUGUUCGAAACACCAAAAAUACUUUGUUCUACUAAAACCCUUACUGUUGGUUUUUUUAGCGUCUGCCUCGUGCUGUAGAAGCAGAGUUUGGACAUUUUUCUUUUAUCUUUCAAAUCCAGAGAUGAAAAUUUUGUUUAAUUAAUAAUAGGUUAUUCUGAUGUU